ACUCCACUGAAUAUUGGAUCCAGAUCCGGAUUGGCGGACGUCAGAAAUCUCCGAUUGCUCUUGUAUUUUACUGUUUUGUGUUGAUCUCUGCCUCACGGCUCCUCUCGUCCCCCCACAGAUGAUUUCCCCGUCAAGGAAGGUGAUGUGCUCCAGUCAUUUUACAUGGUGCAGGAGUUCCUGGGUGAGGGCAACUUUGGGAAGGUGGCCAAGUGUCGACACAAAGUGACCCAUCAGGACAUGGCCAUCAAAAUUUCAAAGAACAAGCCCAGUAUUAUUAGAGAGACAAAGAAAGAGCUUGACAAUCUUGAACUCCUGCGUGCCCUGGACCCAGAGAGGGCCAACAUCGUCAGGUGGUACGAUGCUUUCACACACGGAGACCUUAUUUGCCUCAAAUUUGAACUCCUGGUCCAGAGUCUUCAUGACUACGUGGAUGAGCUGAACUACGACCCUCUUCCCGUCAGUGAUCUUCAAGCUGUUGUGCAGCAAAUGGCCACCGCACUGCUCCACCUGCAGACCCUGGGUGUCAUUCAUUGCGACAUAAAGCCCCAGAAUAUUAUGGUGGUCGACCACAAUCAACCACUCAAAGUCAAAUUGAUCGACUUUGGAUUGGCGCAGCAGAUCUCCGAGCCUCCAUCUUUUGUGGGGACCUUCUGGUACCAGUAA